AUGAUCGACUACCGCCAUGGAAUCUCAAUCCUAGAGAUCAUUGUUUACAGCCCUACGUUACUUCUCGCACUUUGGAUGGCAUUUCACCAUGGCUUCAAGAAGAGUUCUGGAUGGUACUUCUUUGUUGUUUUCUCUCUGGCCCGCAUCAUUGGUGCAGCGUGCUAUCUUGCAACAAUAAGCGCGCCUUCAAAUAUCAACCUUUAUAUCACAUGGGCUGUCUGCACGUCACUGGGCAUAUCACCAUUGAUCCUGGCUUGUAUAGGUCUCCUGUCGCGAGCAAACGAUUCCAUCAUGCGAAAAACUGCCAAGCCCCUCUCCCCUAUGCUCUUCCGAGGCGUCAGUCUUAUCUCCCUGGUUGCCUUGAUCGUCAGCAUUGUCGGAAACACCGAGAAUAGCGAUAUCACCCACGGCAUGAUCAAUACCGAGACACAAGUUGCCUUAGUCCUCUUUUUGGUCACCUGGAUUGGAGCCUGCAUUCUGCUCCUCCUGAUUGCGAGUCGGUCUAGUAGCAUCGAGGAUGGAGAACAUCGUCUUCUGCUUGCAGUUGGAAUCUCACUCCCUCUGAUUCUCGUUCGACUGAUCUACUCAUUCAUCUACGCAUUUGGUCACAAGACCCAGUUCAGCAUGCUUUCGGGAAAUGUCACGAUCCAGUUGGUCAUGACUGUCUUGGAAGAGAUUGUUAUUGUCCUUGUGUGUCUUGGAAUUGGCCUUACACUUCAAGUGCGGCCCAGUGUGGAGUACUCCCACCAGCCUAGUGUCUCUGAUGGACAGGGUGCCUCGAUUGAGAUGGAAAAUGGUACCUAUCAGGGUCAGGGCUCUCGCAGGGAAAAGGCGCAACGCCCCAAACGUCGUGGUGGUCCUAUAUACCUACUGGUGAUGUUCAUCGUGGAUACGAUCAAUGACAGGAGAAAGUGA